AUGCCGCCCACAACUCUGAUAACACCUAAGAAACAGGUCUUGGAAAGACUAAAACCCGUGUCUGGACACAGUCCUGGCGAAUAUUAUAAGUAUGGUAACAUCAAGGCACCUAUCUGCUGCUUGGUGAAGGGUCUGUCUGAUAACACCCCGCUGCCUAUUUACUGCUUGGUUUAUCGCCCAGAACGAACACAUUGCGGACGAGACGAGGUCGCCCGUUGGUUAUCUGGUAGCAGAUGCCUAGCAGACUGUAUACGAGAAUCAAGCUCAGCCUUACCUGUGGUGUUCACUGACAGGAAGAUGAUGAAGAUUUGGCUGCUGGUGUGUUUCCUUAUUACUGUCGUCCUAGCCAAGGAGCGUAACGAAGAUAGAGAUACAUCUUGUGAGAAGAUAGAAGGUCGGUGUGUGGACGCCGACGCACGCUGCUCGGACGUCCUGCCAGGGAUAUGUCCCAACCAGGAAAUCUGCUGUGCGAAAGGUAAAGGCGGUGAGAGAUUACGAGUUCUGCAUAAGAAGAAAGCAGCAGGAGCGGCAGGUGAGCCAGACGGAGCCAGGGUAAACCACGCUGGCAGACGACCUUCUUGGAGGACACCACAACACAACACACGGAACCUCGCAAAUGUGAAGGGAAAAUCGAGAGACAGAGAUGGAAAGGAGUUGAGAAAUAGAGCUGCAAGCAAAACCGGGAAGAAUAAGAAUAAACGGUUAAGAAACGAAGAAAUUGAUAAGCUUGAAGGUAAACAAAUUAAUGCUGGGAAAAAACAUGGAGGUAGCUUACGGAAAACUGCAAGAGGUCAGAAACCUGAUCCAAGUCAAAAGAGCGUACACGGAGGAAGAAGCAAAAUGACAAAGCAGAAAAAUAGAGACGAGGGAAGAAAAAAGCAAAGAAAGGAAGGCAACAUGAAGACGCCAAAGGUAACGAAGACAAAAACUGAAAGUAAGAAGAAACAGGAACCUAGCGACGCGCGCGAGGACACAGUAGAUGAAAAAAUAGCAGGCUGCAGACCAAGGUCAAGAUGCAGAAACAAUGGAGGAAUUUGCAAGAAUAAGUGCAGUAAGAAAGAGAAGGAGAUCAACAAAGGGUGUAAAGGCAGAAGGUGCAAGUGCUGUGUACUCAAAGGCUGCAAGACCAAGGCGGCGUGUGUGAAUCAAGGCGGAAUUUGCACGAAAGAGAGAGAGUGUCUUAGUAAUAACUUCGCCAACACUGGUUGCAGAUCAGGUUGUGUCUGCUGCCUCCCACCACGUAAGUAGCUGCUCGUGGCAAAGUUUCUCUCUGUAGUCGGAAUACAGAAUCCAAUAUGCUUAACCUGUGUAUAGUAGUUUCAGUAUGGUACAGUAAUAUUUUACUUUAUGAUGCUAUGAAUAAGAGCACUGAUGUUAUUUUAGUAGUACGACGCCAUUCUGUGGUCAUGAUCCUGACUCAGUGGUUAGGGAAGAGCCUGAACUACCACCUACAGACACUAUGACAAACUCUUCAUGAUUUGGUAGCCAGUUUGGCAGUUUGACUCACUGGUCACUGGGCGCUCCGGGCGAUGGGUGAUAGUUGACAUUGCAGGCGCUGUGAACCAUAAAAGGUUAAAUAAAGACGCAACUCAAAC